GAGAAGAGUUUCAUUUUUCGCUUGCAAACUGCGGGUGGUUUUAAAUAUGGUGGUCCGCUGCACCUACCGAAUCGACUGCAUACGGGCGUGUUUGGUGCGCUGCAAUUGAGAAAAGUUUGGUGGUUCUGUAGGUUCUUGCAUUCAGCCAGGUUCAGGUUUUCAGCGCUGGCCGCAAAACGGGUAGAAGUGGGUAGAAUUUGCUUUGUAAUUUUGCCGACCGACAGAUAGCGAGGGAGAGAGAGAGAUAGAAAAAGUGAAUGUGCGACAGAGACAAACAGCAAUGCAAAUGUCAAAGUGAAGUAAUAAGAGGCGUAAAUCCGUGCGGCUUCGGGCGAAAUCGUGCCAGGAGAAGUGUUUCCACUCGUUCACACAUACCGUUGGUGAAUCAGUGCUAGUUUGUGGUGGUUGCAAAACUUUUCUUUGUUAGCCCAGCACAUCCCGGAAGCUACGAUGGAUGGCGAGUCGGAGAAGCAGCCGCUGCUGAAGCAAUCUCAGCAACCAUCGCAGGAUCCAGGAUCCGUGCAACCAGUUGUAAAUGCGUCCCCUAUCGGGCCGGACGAAGUGCCGCCCUCGUACCAGCAGGAGCAGCAAAAUAGUAUUAUCGUUUCGUGCCGUGUAUGCCAGGCCCUGAUCGACAUCUCCUGGAAGAAGGAGCAGCAUGUCGUCAAAUGUGCCCAGUGCAACGAAGCCACGCCUAUUCGGAAUGCACCGGCCGGGAAGAAGUAUGUUCGGUGUCCGUGCAACUGCUUGCUCAUCUGCAAGAGCUCUUCCCAGAGAGUGGCCUGUCCGCGGCCCAACUGUAAGCGCAUCAUCAACCUGGCACCGAGCCCGGUAACACCGCCACUGCUGCCAAUGCCUGGAAUGUGCCGGGUUACCUGUGGCCACUGCCACGACACUUUCCUGUUCGACACGUUGAAGAACAAUUUGGCAAGAUGUCCCCACUGUCGCAAGGUGUCCUCGGUUGGACCGGACUUCCGCAAAAACCGACGUAGAUUCUUCUUCCUGUUAGGAUUCGUAUUUUUCUCAAUCGCCAUGGUAGUCGUAUUUACCACCAAAGUCUAUGUAAAGGCGUACACUGGUUUGUACAUUGCGUAUAUCACCCUUUUCCUCGUCCCUUUGCUACUGAUUGGCAAAGGAAUCUACUACGCGUCGCUGAAGGUUAGCACCAUUGAUGGACCGUUCUCGGUGUCCACAACAUAAGGAGUGCACAAACCAAACCCACAUACGGAUCGCGAACGUCACAAUAACUGAUACAUUCCUCCCAACAUCUCAGUUUACGGUGUUUCCGAUCCGCGCUCCACCGUAAAUCGAUGGCACAGGUUUGAAGACUCGGUUGCAUGGUGGCACUGCAUGCAAAUGGUGGGUAGUUAUCAAUGCGAAACGUAACGAGCAGAGGGCAAAAAGUGAGGACAAAGGUGGAUUAACGAUAGCAAAGGGGAAGUCUUUAGAAUAUUAAAAACUAAAGCUUAACAUAGAAACGAAAGCGCGUGGGAUCUUUUUGGAACAGGAUCUCGGCAAAUCAGGAACACUCCGGCGAUCCACCGGCGUAGAGCGCGGAUCAUCGCAAUGGUUGAAAACAAAACACGGGAACAUAUUAUGAGUGAUGUGUAAGCAUCUUUGAUUUAAAAUUUUCGUUCCAUAUUCGUCAACCGAAAAUAAUAGAGCUUUUCUAUUACCUUGUACCAAUAGGGAAAACUUUGGCAAUCAAUUAACUGUGCACUCUCCCGGAUAGUUGCAUUAGACCCGUAUUCAUGUUCUGUAAUAUUGUGUUUUUGUACUGUUUGUUUGUUUAUUUUUUACCUUUCUACAGUUUUCUAUUUUACAACGUGCCACAGGGCACGAAAUAAUCACCAAAUGUUUGUAUAAAACGAAAGCACACCCUUGCCACAUAGCUUGGACUCGAGAUUAUGCCUUCGCGCAAUCAUGGUAAAAAGCAAGUGGUCCGCGAGGCUGCGUAAAAAGAUGAUAAAGUUGUCGCCUCGAAGAUGAAAAUGCCGCCUGGCUAUGAGAAGAAGGCAGAAGAAUUUUUGUCGUACAUUUGUUUUCCCGCCCCCCAAGGAAAAGUUGCAAUUAUUGGGGCGAACAACAGUUUAUUCAUUACGCAUAUUCAUACAUAAACGCAUUCAUACACUCUACCUACAAUAAUAUACAGUCUAAUGUAAGGCAUACACUAUGCGCACCUGCAUAUUGCUAUGUAGUACUAUUAUUAUGCGUAUAAUAAUUAUUCGGCUGAAGACAAAACGGAGAUGUAGCCCACGGGUGUCUGUCAAACUGGAUGGUCACUGUUCACGAGGGAAUAACGCUUCAGGCGAACGAUAGCGUAUGGUUACUAGAUAAUGUUUUAUUGAAAUAAUUAAGUUGCUACCGUGUGUGGAGCGCUGUUUGCCGCGGUUAGUCGUCCCUCUCGUGUAGUCCAAAUCAUCGUUACUGUCGAGCGCAACUGCUACUAACGACCAUCCAAAAGCUUGUUCUUACAUGAUAUUAUUUGUAAACACCUAACGAAACACUAUUCGAAAGUUUGAUUGAUGGCAAAGAAAAUUAAGAACAAAAAGAGAUGCACCGGAAAACUUCCCCGGUGGAGAAGUGUGUGACGGAACGAGUCUCGGUGAAGGGCAUGAUCAUCGGAUGGAUCGGUGUGGCAUGUAAAGUAUGUGAAGCAAAAAUAAAGCUAAUUUAGAUACAACAAUA